AUGAAUGAAGACAAUAUAGAUGGAACAAAUGGAUGCAGUAAAGUUAGAACCGGUACUCAGAAUGAAGCUGCAUUACUUGCUUUGAUGGAAAAGACUGGUUACAACAUGGUUCAAGAAAAUGGACAAAGAAAAUUUGGUGGUCCUCCUCCAGGUUGGGAAGGUCCACCUCCACCUAGAGGUUGUGAAGUUUUUGUAGGAAAAAUACCUCGUGACAUGUAUGAAGACGAGUUAGUGCCUGUGUUUGAAAGAGCUGGGAAGAUAUAUGAGUUUCGACUUAUGAUGGAAUUUAGUGGUGAAAAUCGUGGUUAUGCUUUUGUGAUGUACACCACAAAAGAAGAAGCCCAGCUAGCUAUCAGGAUUCUUAAUAAUUAUGAGAUUAGACCAGGGAAGUUUAUUGGAGUAUGUGUGAGCUUGGAUAACUGCAGAUUAUUUAUAGGAGCUAUUCCCAAGGAAAAAAAGAAAGAAGAAAUUUUGGAUGAGAUGAAGAAAGUUACAGAAGGAGUUGUAGAUGUCAUUGUUUAUCCAAGUGCAACUGAUAAGACAAAAAAUCGUGGUUUUGCAUUUGUUGAGUAUGAAUCUCACAGAGCUGCUGCUAUGGCUAGAAGAAAGCUAAUUCCAGGAACAUUCCAACUCUGGGGUCAUACUAUUCAGGUAGAUUGGGCUGACCCAGAAAAAGAAGUUGAUGAGGAAACUAUGCAAAGAGUUAAAGUUCUCUAUGUAAGAAAUUUAAUGAUCUCAACUACAGAGGAAACAAUUAAAGCAGAAUUCAAUAAAUUCAAGCCUGGUGCAGUUGAACGAGUAAAAAAACUUAGAGAUUAUGCUUUUGUUCACUUUUUCAACCGAGAAGAUGCAGUAGCUGCUAUGUCUGUUAUGAAUGGAAAAUGCAUCGAUGGAGCAAGUAUUGAGGUCACUCUGGCAAAACCAGUAAAUAAAGAAAACACUUGGAGACAACACCUGAAUGGUCAGAUUAGUCCUAAUUCUGAAAACCUGCUUGUAUUUGCUAGCAAAGAAGAUAGCCAUUCCAAAACUCUAGGCAAGCCACCAACUCUUCCAGGUCGUGUCAACGGCCAGCAUAGCCCAAGCCCUCCUGAAGUUGAAAGAUGCACUUAUCCGUUUUUUCCUGGCACAAAGCUUACUCCAAUUAGCAUGUAUUCUUUAAAAUCCAAUCAUUUCAAUUCUGCAGUAAUGCAUUUGGAUUAUUAUUGCAACAAGAAUAAUUGGGCACCACCAGAAUAUUACUUAUAUUCAACAACAAGUCAAGAUGGGAAAGUACUCUUGGUAUAUAAAAUAGUUAUUCCCACGAUUGCAAAUGGGUCCCAGAGUUACUUCAUGCCAGACAAACUGUGUACUACGUUAGAAGAUGCAAAAGAACUGGCAGCCCAGUUUACAUUGCUUCAUUUGGACAACCUAAGUGAAAGAAAAUGUGAAGAAUAACACAUAGUUCAAAUUGCAGUUUUUAGAG